AUGGCUGGCCCGGGCAGACCCCCCUGCUCCCCGCAGCCCCCGCAGUCCCCGCUGGGCGAGGAGGAGGAUGAGGCCGAGGAUGAGGAUGAUGAUGACGACAUGGCAGAGGACACCGAGGGCAUCCUGCGCUACGAGGAACGCAUCGCUGGGCUGCUGGCAACAGUGGCCUGGCUGCACCGGAGAGCCGAGCAGCUGCAGUGCCGCACGGGCAGGUACCGGCACAUGGCGGCCGUGGGGCGCCGGGAGCUGCCACUGCCCGGCCCCCUCCACCUCUGGCCUUCGCUGCCCCACAGGGAGGAUGAGGAGGGCUGGGAGGGCACCGCCAGCCUCCCCACUGCCAGCCCGCAGCCCCAGCGCCUCGACGGCACACUCGACACUGCCACCGGUCUGAAAGCCCAUGGCCCCGACCUCUUUGCGGACCUGCAGCACGCCGUGAGCUCGCUGGAGCGCACUGUCUUCUCCCGGCACCGGCAGGCACCAGCGCAACCUGUGCCCAGCGAGGAAUGGGCACGGGCGGCCAAGAGGAACGCGGCACUGCGGGCGGCCCUGGGGCGCCGGGACGAGGAGCUGAGCCAGGCCACCACCUCGCUGCGGGUGCUGCGGGGGGAGCGCGACCGGCUGCAGCGGAAGGUCUGGGAGCUCCGGGACGCUCUGUCCAGGCUGGAGGAGCCGGGGGGCUCCGGCAGCGACACCCCCGGCCUCGGCAGCCCCUCGGGGCAGGGGGAGCCCCAGCUGCCCCAGGUGAGUUGCGGCGAUGGUGCUCAGCCACACGGCGCGCAGCCCCACAGCCCCCUCUCCCCACAACCCUCGGAGGGUGCCAGCCGGGAGCAGGAGCAGCGGGUGCAGCAUCUGCAGGGGUACCUGGAGAGGCUGCAGGAAGUGAACCGGCAGCUGGCGGCCGCGCUGCAGGGGUGCAAGAGCGAUGCGGAGCGGCUCAGCAUGGUGCUGGGCCAGCACGAGUCCCGCAGCACGGCCCUGCGCCUGGCCCUGCGCUGCAGCGAGCGCUGUGGGGGGGCCUACGCCGCCCUCCUCGACCUGGUGCGGGUGAAGCUGGGCAGGGAGGAGGAUGGUGCCCGUGGGGGAGCCGCAGGGGAGCAGAGCCCGGGGCACGGAUGGGGGUCCAGCCCCACGCCGACGGAGGGGCUGCAGCUCCCAGGCCGAGCAGAGCCGGACGGCCAAGAGGAGAGCGGCGACAGCGGCUCCCCCAGGCUGCAGAGCACCCCGGUGCCCCACGGGAUGGAGGAGGGGGCCCUGCGCGAGCACAUUCGCCGGCUGCGCGCGGAGCAGGCGGCCGUGGAGGCGUCCCUGCACGACGCCCCGGUGCCCGCCCGUGUUGGCACCCGCCGCAGUGAGGACGCCCGAGCCCGGGCUGAGCAGGCGCUGCGGGAUGCCAGGGCUCUCCUGCCUGGAUGGAGGCGGCCGGAGAAAGCGGAGCUGCUGCAGGACUUGGCGACGCUCAAGGAGUCCAUGGCCGACCUGAAGACGCGGCUGCAGCUGGCGGAGAGGGAGAAGCGGGGCCUGGAGGUGCUGGCAGCCGGGCAGGGGCCACGGGAGGCUGCGCUGCGCCUGGUGCUCCAGCACCUGGAGCGGGAGCGGGACAGGGGACCCGGCCGCCCCCCCAGCACCCCCAGCAGCUCCAGCAGCAGCGAGGAGGAUGCCCAAACCUGCCGGGUGGGAGCGGCGGCUCCCCGGCACCCUCCGGACCUGGAGAGGAUGAGGGAAGAGCUGCUCCGCACCCUGGCUCGGGUGGACGAGCUGCGCGCCCGGGCGCAGGCCCUGGUGCUGUCCCUGGAGCAGAGCAGUGCCGCCAGCCGCGCGCAGCAGGCACAGUGCGUCACCGUCACCGCAGACUUCUUCCACGCUCACAGCGUGGCGCCCGCAGCGCGUUGGCCCUGGCGUACCGCGGUGCCCGGCGGAAGCAGGCAGCCCAGCUGCGGCGGCUGGAGAUGA